GUUGUUGAAAUCUAUGAAAACGUCGCAACGCGGAAGCUGUUGUUGUUAUCUUGGACCGCGCACUCUCAGCCAGUGGUGGUCAGUAACACAGGAGAAAUGGCAGUGGAAUGUUUUCACUGUAAUGUUCAGCGCAACAUGAGGUGUUUGUGAAGGUGUGUCGUGACGGGGGAGAAGGCAGGAAACAUCAGCGACGCGGUCCUGCUAACUUCAAGCUAACAGCUAACAGAGGAAGGCGCCAUGGCGGAGGCUGGAGCCCACCUGACCUCCACCUCUGUGAAUGAGCAGCCGUCCAUCUUUGAGGUCCUGGCCCAGGAGUCUCUGAUGGAGGCGGUCAGACCAGCGCUGAAACAUGCUGUCAAGGUUCUGGCAGAGUCCAACCCAUCCUGUUUUGGCUUUCUGUGGCGACGCUUUGAUGAGUUUUACCUGCUGCUGGACCUCCUCCUCCAGAACCACUUCCUGUCUCACUGCAGCGCCUCCUUCUCUGAGAACUUCUAUGGCCUGAAGAGGAUCUCGGCAGGACGAGGACUUCCUUUUCGCCUGGGGCUGCACAGGAAGUCACACUGGCGCUCGCUUCUUCUUCUGUGCCUGGUGCCGUAUCUUCGGGCCAAGCUGGAGGCGACGCUGGCUCGGCAGAGGGACGAAGAGGAUUUCUCCAUCCGGCUGGCGCAGACCAGGGGGCAGAGGCUGUACCGGGCAGCCAUGGCGGCGUACCCCUACGUCAGCUCAGCCUGGCAGGCCUGGGUCUUCUGCCAGCAUCUGCUUUUUGUCUUUGGCGUCACUAGAACCCAUAGUCCCCUGCUGUGGCUGGCGAGGAUCAGACUGGCACGACUUAACGCUCAAGAUAUCCGAGACAUGGAAGUGAAGAGCAGCAAAACUGGCAACCCAGCUGAGGGGAGCUUGGUGCAGAGAGCGUGGGCGUUGAUGUCACAGGCGGCGAGGGGCGUGGCCUUGUCCCUCUCCACCUCCCUCUCUUUGGGCGUCUUUUUCCUACAGUUCCUGGAGUGGUGGUACUCAUCAGACAACCAGAGCGCUUUGAAAACCCUCACCUCUCUUCCGGCUCCUCCGCCCCCACUUCACCUGAAGGAGGAAGAGCAGAGCCGCCCGAACUCAUCAGCUCUCUCGGCCAAUGGCAGCGCAGAGAUUCAGCCCGACUCCAACAGCAGGAACUGUCCGCUGUGCCGGGGGCUUCGCACAAACGCCACGGUGCUGUCCACUUCAGGCUUUGUCUUCUGUUACCGCUGCAUCUACACAUAUGUGAAGGCCAACCGCCGCUGCCCGGUCACUGGCUACCCCACAGAACUGCAGCACCUCAUCAAGAUCUACUCGCCGGAGAGCUAGAACACAUCAGCUGGGGCAUAUGCUGAUGAUGUGUCAAGUUCUGACCUCAAACCUCUUCAGAGAACAGUGACCUUCCAGGCUCUGUGUUCACAUACUGUCUGUUUUGUUUGCGUUUUCCUUGGUAUGCAGUAAGCUUUGCAAUGUAAUUAAUGUUUGAUAAACUGUUCACUGAUAUAAGCUAAUUUCAUACUGAAUAUUUAUAAAUUCAUUAUUGAAUUUAAAUGUAAAUUGAUGUAAAUUGAGAAUACCUUUUACUGUUCGGUUGCAGGUUAUGAUUAUAUUAAUAAUUAUAUAUAUUAAUAAUAAUCAUACUUUGGUGGGUGCAUAAAAUGUUAAAAAAAAAAAAUGUCAAAGACAGAGCACAAGUCCACCUUUACCGGAACAAAAUCAUCAAAAAAUGUACACGAGAAGCUGGAACCAGUGAGCAGUUCAAAAAUCAAUCCCCAAAAUACAUUUUCCUGUCAGUCAACUAAUGAGCCAACUAAUGGUUUAUGUUGGUGAAUAAAACUCACAGGAAAAUGUAAACUAAUGUUAAGAAGCCAUUAAAAUAAAAAAGCCUAUUAAUUAAAACCAAAUUAAAGGUUCGAUUCCUGACAGUCCUGACGCGGCCCUGCUUUGAAAUGCACUUAAACUCAGCUGUUAUUUUAAACCUUGCUUCUGAAAGUGAUGUUUCUAUACAGAUACUUAGCCUGAAAACCUGUAGCUGACCUGCUGUUCAGUUAACACACUCUUCUUCUUUUUUUUUUUCUUUUUCUGGCUCCUCAUCCUGUAAGAUGAAUUCAAAAUGAUGACUUGGCAAAGGGCUGCAGGAUGUGAUGUUUUCUCACUGAUGAGGCAAAGUACAAAUUGUCUCCUCAUUCUGUGGAGGCAGCGUUUGGUACACUUCAACCUUGAAGGAACAGUCUACUCACCUUCUUGCUGUGACUCAUAACAUUGAUACCUAUCAAAUGUCUGCACAGCACAUAUGAAGCUACGACCACCAGCCGGUUAGCUUAGUUUAUCAUAAAGACUGGAAACAAGGGGAAACGGCCAGCUGGGCUCUGUGUGCGGGAGCCUUAGAGGUGCUGGUGCUUCGUUACCUUUGGCCAGAUUAUAUGAGUACCGAGAAAUGCAACAGGAAAUCGGUGAAUUGCUUUAUUGAGUUUCCAGACAAGUUUAACAACAGGCCCACUUAAAAAAAAAAAAAAAACAAACAGACAAAGAAACAGAUAAUCAGGAUCAACAUCACAACAUUACAGUGAGAGUAAUAAAAAAGGGCUUCAUUAAAAUGUCCACAAACCCCUGAAAUGACACUGACUGUGAAGAAUCACAAGGGUCACCUUCAUCCCUUUUUAAGCUCCUGCAACACAAUUCAUCAACAAGAAAUCAGGACAAGAAGAAAAAAAAAAACGGGCAGAAACUUCGAAAAAGGAACAAAUAUCAUCAUCAAUAAUAGUCACA